AUGUCGCCUUACACCAGCACUGGCGGUGGGCGUGCGCCCAACGUUUCUCGCUACCUGCGCGACCUCAACACCGUCAAGGAGCCCGCCUCUGCCGAAGAGAACUUCACAUUUGAAGAGGACCUCGCAAUCUUCACCAACACUCAGUUUUUCGACUUCGAGACCGGCCAGCACACCGAUUACCAGGCACCGGCCAAGAAGCCCGAGACCGUUGAGCCCCAGGCUCCCUCGAGCGCCGUUACCGAAGAAUUGACCUCCCCUAUUGGCGACUUCAACGUCGACUUUUCCAUGCCAGGUGAGACGAGGAUUUCGGUUAUGUUGUCAUAUUUCACCUGA